CAUAACAAUCUUAUCGUCUUCAACUUAAAACCACUUGGCGUUGAGUUCUUAGCCAUUUAUACCAAGAAUUUACUGCUGAGAUCAACGUCAAAGAGCACACACGUACACAAGAGAAACAGCUGGUAACUGCUGGUCUGUUUUCAAAAAGCCUAACGGAGAACUGUCUUCGCAAUUUUGGUUGUUCUAAUUAUUGUUCAUUUGGGGAAUCGACGACUUCUACAUAAACAUGACCACUGAAAGGCGUUUAAGCGAUAAAGAAAGAGCGAAGCUUAUAUAUGGAGAGGUAAGAGGGGUCUAAAUAUAUAGAACAAUACUAGUUCAAGUUGUACGCUGAUAUUAAUGUUACGGUGUUACCUGUGAUAUAAAUCAAUGACUAAUGAUGAAAAUUAAAUUUGUGAGCUGCUAUUAUCGCGACACAAACCAAUCUGUUAUCUUUUGUAGUCGUGUUUAAACGUUUUGAGUUUUAUUUAUAGCACACCUUUGAAGAUAUAGAAAACAAAAAAGUAAAUAUACAACAUGUGCUUUACUGCAUAUGUGCCUGUACUAAAUUCAAAACAACAUGCGUCAGACAAAUUAUAAUAUAUCGCAUUACUUGUGUUUAUAUUCACAGCAAUAUGAUAUGACAGUUAUACAAUAAACGCAUCUUGUUCCGUUCUGUGGAUAAAUCAUAAAUGGAGUAGGGGCUACCGAUAACAUCAGCAGAGAGUUUGCAUGAGACUGCACGCAGCUAUGACUGAUGGAGACUCAUGUCUUAGUGUGGAAUUGGUGAAAUGCCAGCCAUGCUUUGUGAAUCAUGCGUGCCAAAUAGCACAUCGUCAUGGAAACAUUCGUCAACUGUCUUUCAUUCCUUUUAUUUGAAAGCAAAAAUGAAAGGCAAUAUGGAAUUUUGUAGUUUCUUUCCAAAACACAUUGUAUUUAAAUUGAAUAAUUCUUUACCAGCAAACAAUUUCACGAAAUUGAAGAUGGAACACAUUCCCAAAGUCAGCAUAUUGUAAACUCAGGAUUGAAUAAACAAAAUUUGUAAAUCGGUUCAAAUAUUUCACAGAAAAACAGUUCGAGGACGAAACGAUAUAGGGCACACGAGAAAAGUGUCACGUUACAGUGUUAUGUUUUAUAACCUGCAAUUUCAAUUCCUGAACAUCUUAUACAGAUGUUGCAAAUAAUAAUUCCACAUCAUACGGAACAACAUGUAUUAUAAAGGACAGGAUGAAGAACGCUUUAGUACGUAAUCUACUCUGUUUAUAACGUCAUACGAUUUUACUCCUUGAAAAGUUCUUGGACGGAAAAGAGUCCAAGGAUCUGUAGCCAAGAACUCCUUCCCUUCCAGAGAUAUAUUUUCUCAGUAUAACACCAGAUGUUUUUACAUUUUGAUUUUACAUUUUGGAAAGGAAGAGUACAAAAUAAAAAAGACAUCCUUAAUUAAAUCUUUUAACCUUUUCCGUUAAUACCGAAUGACAAGAUAUAAACAAUGCUGACUGAGUAUUUCACUACGCUAGACGAUUUCAUUUCUCAGUUGGGAAAGUCCUAUGACGCAAAUGAGUUAAUUUACAACAAAAUUAUAAAAUUCCGGAAAAACCAUUCCACAUGCACAUUAUAACGUAUACAAGGUCUUUUGCUCUUGAGACAAACUUUCAAUCGAAAUCUUUAAGAAUGGGAUUUUGAGUUUUGUAGUAUGGAAUACUGACAUAAACAGUGCUACAUAACCGCUAAAAAUAUCCCAGUUUACUCAUGAACAAGGCAGCUGUUUCAACAUUGAUGCAUCGAGGUGCUCACGGGAAACAUUUAUUUCCAACGUGUUUACACACGAUGGCGGAAUGUGGUCAAGGAUUGUUGAAAUAGAUAAAUGAUUUGUAUGGACAAUAAUUAAACAUGUGUAAAACUGUGUUGUCUGCAAACCAUCUGUUUUACUGCGGAUAUUACAUUUGUCCCUAUAAUUUGAUUUCCUAUUGUGGCUUUCUCACAUAUUCUGGCAUUUUGCUGAUUGUUUUUUUUUUGCAUUUAUCUUCAAACUGGUAUGUGUUGUCGCGUUGUGUCACUCCUAAUUAGCCAGCACCCAAUUAAUACUCUUCAUAUACAAAGACAAAUUUUAGAUUAAACCCCUAAUUAUAUUUAAAUCAUCGGUUGAAUAGUUGUUUGGUUACUUUGUUCAUUUCCCUUGCUUGGUUGGGGUUUAAUUGUUACAUUGUGAAUUUUAACUUGCUUCGGUGUACUGUAUAUCAUAUAUGCUAAACAUGGAUCAUCGGUGAAAAUCUGACGGAUCAUUCCACUUAGCAAGCUAGGAUCGGCGUCAUCUAUAUUGACGGCGGCUCCAUGGACAAACAUGCAUGAUAUUUUCUUGAUGCUUCUAAUGCCAGGCCAUUGGACCGAUUUAUAGCAGGGGGGCAAAGGGGGUCUCGUCACGAAAUCGCGAUAUUCAGAAACACAGAAGCGUAACAAAGUCUGAAACCAUUUAACGAUUUUCUAGACAGCAGAACUCGAUAUUAACACAAACACAUUUUACUGACUUUAACAUUAGAGCUUUUAAAGGACUAUGGAAAUCAUUGGGAGGCAUUACGUAACAUUACGAGCAUCUUACGAUGGUUCACGACGACUACGAAGAGUGUACGAAGGUAUACGACAACGACGUUUACGAUGAAACGAAGAAACUUCAAGAAAGACAACCGCGGGAAGCAAAGUUUUCAUUUUUUAACCUUAAUAUUAAAUUUGGGCACGCAUAUUAAUCAGAAUCACGAAGCACGAAUAAUUGCUAAUCGCGAGUCACGAAAAUACCAUUGACCCAUCACCCGUCAAGAUGCAUCGUCCGUCUGACGGAUAAUUGUGUCAUUCCAACAUCCGAAUUUUCUUGAUUUUUCCUGGCAUGGUUUGGUAAAGUUUGUGGGGAAGGCCCUUCUCCCCCCCUGUCUCGUGCGGCUAUGGAUCCCGGAAAUAAAUGCUUGAUAUUUUCCAAUAAGCAAAAUAUUUUCGAGUAAAAUAUUCUUCAGUUUGGUAAAAUAUCAGUCAAAUUUUAAGACUAUACUUCGAUACAUAACAUAUAUAAGUUAGUGUAAUAUUCCAAAAGCGAACCUUUUGACUUGGAUAAUACACACAUACACAUACAUAUAUGAAAGUUGCCCCCCAUAUGCCUUUAGAUUGUCAGGCGGAAAACUGCGGUUUAUUAUUUGUUCUUUAUUUCUAAGGAAUUAACAUAUUUAUAUAUGACUGGAAAUUAUAAUAAUGUAGGCGCCGGAUUACUUACAUCGGGCUUUCUAGAUAAAUGAAGGAUUAAGACAUUCUGCACAUGGUCUACCUUUAUAAGCCUUUAUUCUCUCUAAUUAAGUUCGAAUAGGUGAAACUUGUAUUUGAUUUUCAAACUUGGCAAGAUGUGUUUCUUACCAGAGGUAAACAUUUUAUGAAAGGAUUGAAAGCGUUUCCAUUUUGCUGGAAACAAACUAAUGAAGAAGCCCCAUUAAUUUCAAAAUCUUAAAUCAUUGCUUCUUUCAUGCUAAGCGACGUCUCUAAAUUGGAAAUCGGAAAAGGAAAUGCAAAUAUAUAAUAUGGAGAACUGCCAGAGCUUUGCAUUGCCGCCAUCGGUAAAUGUCCGCAAACAAUAUAAACCUCGAUAUAAACCACAAAAACACUAUUAUGUAGUUCCUAUAAUUACAUGUAUGGCAGAGAAGGGAUAGUGUUCGAGGUGAACCAACCAAUGUAAAAUGAUCACGUCAGUGGCCAGUCAUGAUUCCAGUUCAAUUUUGUGAACUGACAACAUAUAAACUAGUGAAAUUAAAACUCCGAAAACAUGGUUCCUCCUGUAGUAACAAUAAGGGAUGAAUCCUACUGGACCUCGAGGGAGAACAUUUUAUUGAAAAACUGAUAGAAGUAUAAGUUUGUAAUAAGGGGCUGUUCACAUGAGCCAGCCCAGCUAGCCAGGAUGAAUAGUGUCACCAAAGAUUUUUACUGACUAGUUUGAAUGAACUUUAUAAUGUUACUGCAUGGAAACAAACUAAGUUAAUUCAACUUUGAAAUAAAAUUUUGGAUGAUUAUCGCCGCGACUCACAAUGUGUUUAAUACUCGACUUGACAAUGAAGUCAUAUUUCCGUUCAUACUCUAUAUACAUCACUCUCGUUCGGUGCAUGCUAUUGCAGCACUGGUUCAAUUCACGGAUGUAUGGAAUAAGGGAAGUACUUAUCAUGAUAUUGCCACCCAUGAUCUACCGCCCUACCAAUGACCAUCGCCCAAUAUGAUAUUGAAUGUGUAUAUAUAUGAAAUGCUUUUCAAGCCAGUGCUGGCUUGCAUUAUACUCAGUUAUAUUCGAGUAUGGACCGCCACCAGAAAAGCUAUCUGCAUAUUUAUGAUCACGGCAAUAACAUGAUUCAUGUUAUUGCAAUAAUCCAUAUAACAACAUAUAAGAUAGUGGAUUUCCGUUUUGUUAAUCCCAAGCUUGCCAUAGUGCAGUUGGUUGAAUCACCGAUAUUUUUUAGUCACAUCCACUACUCAACAAAAGCGAAGUUUAUACUUAAAUAAAGAAUUGAAUUAACAUUCAGGACGUUUUUCAGAGAUCAUUCUGAGUUUGUCACCAUGCAAUCAAAAUUUUAUAGCGAUUUUAAGCAGUUCACUUUCAUUAUUGAAAGAGCUUAGAUAUAUAAGAAUGAUGAUACAAAAAGGUACAGCAUUUUUUUACAGGAAAGCGACGUUAUGGCUAAGGAGCAGGAAGAUUCUUCAAAAACUAUGCAAAUGGACUUUCGAACAGGACAUUUUUAAAUAGGUUGUUUGGCAACGUGAAGUGGUCGGGAAAUGAGUGAGCACUUGAAUAUAAUAUUGCUUCACUUUUGACCUGCCUUGCAACACGAGCAAAAUGAGUGUAAAGCUAAUUCAAGAAAGUUCCAUAUAUGGGAAAAAUAUUUUGGAUGGUAGUACAGCACUCUUUAUUACACGGGAGAUGGACGAUACACUAUAUUAACGUGUUAUAAAUGCGACAUUACAUUAACGUGAAUUGCUUCGAUCUGAUCUCCAUAGAAAUACGUUAUUAACUUCAAUCAUGUUCGUGUUUCCAAUGCGGCUUAAUUGAUUACCGUGGAUACCCAGACGAAGGAAAAUAUUAAAAUGCAUAUUAAUUAAAUGAUGGAAUCAUUAUCGAAUCUCAUGGCGAUGCUGUCGUCAGUGAAGAAACGAACUAUAUACUGCUCCACCUUACCUUAAACUUAGUCCUUACCUUUUUGUAAAUGAUUAUUACUGAAUAAUUCAUAAUUUUUAAAAUGAUUAUUAUAUGAUACUAUGUCAUGAUUAUCUAAACAAAUCAAUGUACUUGAAACUAACAUAAAUUAAUGUUAUAUAAUCAACGACAAUGCGAAAUUUACAAAUUCGCAUUUAAAGAACUGGAACAGAUGAUCCUUACUGCAUGCAUUUGUGCUCAUGGAAAAGGUAUAGAAAAAUUUACAACUGAUAGGGUCUGAUAGGACUGUCCAGUAUAAACAAAGUUAGUUUAGGUUUAUCAUCAAAAUGAAAGGUAUUGAUUUGAGAUUAUUCCCACAAAGAACUCCCAAAACAGGAAAAGAUUAAGAAUAAUACUAAUAGACGACGGAUUUGUCUCCUAGUGGAUCAAAGCACACAGAGCAAAACAAACUGAUUUCACACAAUCACAUUUUUUUCACACAACACUCAACAAAGAAAAAUAUAAGCCGGGAAGAACCGUCAUAUGGCUUUUGAUUAAGUAGGAGUAAUACCAUUGAAAAUCCAUGUGCCGCAUGCACGUUUUUUAGAUCCGAUUUCUGUUGAGAUUUUGAAAAACAACAUGCAAACAGGAUUGAUCUGAAGGAGUGUGUCUAUAAAUAGCUAUGAUGUAGGCACAAGACGGGUGUUUUUCAUGAUUACAUGAAAGCAGAGGAGGCAGUGGACAACCAAGUUUUCUUUGCCGUUUGUACACAUAUACACACAUAGUAAUGGACAACCAAGUUUUCUUUGCCGUUUGUACACAUAUACACACAUAUACACCUAUAAAGGUGGAGUGAGCAUAGUACUCAGGAUCCAGUGUUAUCAAAAUGGAAGCAUGCAUAUUUGUCGUUUGCGGGUACCGGUAAAUUGUUGUGUAUCUUACGAUCAUUUUGUAUUGUAACUAUUGUCUACAGACAUAUAGUAGUGCAGGGAUGGUCUCAUUAGAAAUUUCUAACGGCAGUAAAUAUGUUAAGUGGCAAUAUUUGUCACUUAAAAUUCCCUACAAUCUAUUAGGUAAAGACACCUUUGUUUUAUUAAUUCGUUGGAACAAUAUCAUUGGCUAUGGUGAAUGCUAAUUGCAACAUUUUGCAACACAAUUCUUUCAUGAAUAUGCCGAGGACUUGAAGUUUGGCAGACUGACAUAAAAGACACGAGGAAAACUUGAAAAACUCGUUGGCGUGUGCACACCUCAAAAUACUUGCAUACAAAAUCUGAUCAGUGUGAGCAUAUAAAGCUUAGUAGCGGUGGUACGGAUUCAACAGCACGCUUGUAGAGUCGAGUUGGCCAUUUGUUAGGAGUCGCGAUUCAAGGAUCGAAGUGUUUUAACGUUGCAGGUUUAUUAGCUAUCGAGAAUGAAAGAGGUAUACAUGAAAAAACCCCGGAACAUCAGAGCAAUGCAAAGAUCAUGAAAAUCUUCAUAUAUUUUUUAUAACUAACUCGUCCGGUGUCAACCUCGCAAGCCAGGGUCUUUUACUUCCGCACGGCGCCGAGCGCAGGUAAAAGACCCUGGCUUGCGAGGUUGGUCCGGUGUCAGAGGAAACUACUGUUUUGUUAGAAUUAGCACAUGAAUCUUCUGGAGUUAGGCAGUAGAGUAUAUUCGUUAGGCGUACGUGACGAAUAUACUCCAGGAGAGCUAAACAUGUUAAUAGUUGAUACGGCCUCGAUCAUUCGGUCGAAGGCAGGAGAACGAAUAUAAUUAAACUUUACUAAACUAUAACUUUACUUAUACUGGACAUAACUCAGUUCUAAAGUGUUCUUUUUAAUGAUCCAGUAACGAACAUGCGUUAUUGGUUAUUCAGUGGCUAUAUAUGGCAGGAUAUAUGGCAGGAAACUGCAAUACCCGAAGAAAACCUGCAUGCGGCGCUUGGUAGGGUCAGGCUGGUAGCUAGUCUGUACACACUCGCAACUUCUGCCGUAUUCUCCCGAGAAUUUACGGCUGUGCACAGGCUAGCUGGAAGCACUCUUCUCACAUGCGAAAUUCAGUAUAAUCGGAUAUUUGUAUGUAGAUUAUAGUGUAGGAUUGAACCCCAAUCGAAGACGUGAAAGGCAUAUAACUGUCCCACCAACACUGGUAAAUCAUUUGAGUCAUGACUCCACGGGUAAACUAUUUAAUAUUCUGACAGCUUCUUUCUAAUCUUUAUAGGAAAACCUGGACCAGUUUGUAAGCAGUGAUCCAAUGAGAGCGACACUACGCGGAGCGGCUCAAGCGAAGCGACAACAUCUCAACCGUCAAAUUUUUAAAAAUUUACGUCUACGUGAUGGAGCCGAGAAGAUGCUACAAGCAACAGAAGGACAACUGUAAGAUGUUUUUAAGAUUUUAUGAAAUCAAUUACACAUGAGUCACGUUUUAGGGGGAGUUACUAUGUUUAGACUUUUAGGGUUAGGAUUUGGGAAAGGUUUCGGAUUAGGGUUUGGAUUAGGGAAAGGAUUAUGAUUAGAGUAAGGGUUUAUGCAAAUUAAUGAUGUAGGCAACAAGUGCUGCUCCACACUUGACCAAUAUUUCUUUCUUUCUAGUGUAAAUAACAAAAAGGUCCAGCUUCAAAACUUGAACAAUACUUCUUUUUUUCUAGUGUCAACAACAAAAAGGUCCAAGAUACUUUGCGACUGGAAAUCAGUUUCUAUGACUCUCGUUUGGAAGUUUUGUACAACGAACUCGCGAACUUAAAGAGUUCUUUUGAUAUUUACCAAAGGUUGGUUACUACAUAAUCAGCUAUUCAAUUAAUCAACCAAAUAAUCAAUCAACCAAUCAAAUCAAUUGACCAAAUAAUCAAUAUAUCAGUCAACCAGAUAAUCAAUUAAUCAAUCAACCAAUAAUCAAUGAAUUAAUCAACCAAAUAAUCAAUCAACCAAAUAAUCGAUCUAUCAAUCAACCAAAUAAUCAAUUAAUCAACCACAUAAUCAGUCAACUAAAUAAUCAAUUAAUCAACCAAAUAAAUUAAUCAAUCAACAAUAUGAUAAAUUAAUCAACCAAAUAAUCAAUUAAUCAAACAAGCAGAUCAACCUAUCAAUUACCAAUCAAUGGCAAUUACAUGCCCUCACAUAAGCUAUUAUCACGAAGCUAUAUCAAUCAAAUGGUUUCUUUAUCUUUUAGCGCCACAAGAACAGGUUUUCCAAUGAUCGCUAUUUCCUUGAAAGAUACAGUCGACAUUGAAUGGAGAGAAGCUAUAGAGGUACCAAGAACUAUACCAUAUCAAAACGUAAAAUAUAUAUAUAUAUAGUAGUCAACAUCUUAUUUUCUAUUUAUGCAGGACUUUAUUGAAACUCACUAUCAUGAAAAUCCAGAGCAGUUUCGAGAUGAAAUAGAAAGAUUGAUUGAACUACGGCAGGUAUACGUAUAAUUUAAUACACGAUAAUUAAAACGUUCAUCGAAGAAAAUAAUGAGACAUAACUACACUAUAUAGAAAGUAAAGUAGACAGGAUCUAUCUUUUGUGUGCUGUAUGUAAAUCAAGUUUGGUUGAUUAUAGAGGUAUAUUGACACUGUAUUACAUCGACCACCAUAACCCGGUCGAGACAGCCAAAAUCAAAUGGAAAGCAUGCAAGCUUAAAAACAUUUUUGGUUCUUUUCCAUUCAAGGUGAUGCAAACUCCAGAAAGAAACGAAAAAGGUGUGAAACUGUUGUACGAAUAUUACCACCACCUGACGCUAGUUGAAAAAAGGAUGUUCACCAAUAAAUCAUUCGCUGGAAUCCAGUUCGUCUGGUUCGACUCUUUAACAGCACAUCAAACAUCCAGCAGUUCUUUGACUUAUGAAAAGGCCAACGUUUUGUUUAACAUUGGAGUACUGUGGACCCAAAUAGCGGCAAAGAAGGUAAAGAAAAUGGUCCAACAUUAUAGAGAAAGUUCACUUGUUUUAAAAUAAAGUGCUGUUAUUUGGUACUAAUGUUGAUAUAUUUAUUCCUACCAGGAGUUCAACACAGAAAUGAAGUCAGCACAAGAGGCAAUCAAUGCACUCCAGAAAGCAGUUGGUACGCUUAAUGCUUACUUAAAUGCUUGUUAAAUAUUUUAGAUUUAUUGUCUGAAUCCGUUUCUCUUAUGUGUUGCAUUUUGAUUGUGUUUGAAUUUCAUCCGCUUGACCGCGUAUCCUUUUCUUCUAAUCUUACAAUAUCUUUAAUUUUAGGAAUUUUCACGUAUCUCAAACAAAGUGUUAGGGAAAAUUUAAGCAAAGAUCUAACACCUAAUGUCCUUGAAGUCUUAGUAGAUAUUUUCAAGGUAGGAAGAGAACAUACAUUAGUAAAUACUUUGGCUACUGUUCGGUGGGGACAAGAGCCUUAACUUGGUUGUGGGAACAUAUGUUGCUAUUACUCAGGUUACUGUUCGAGAGUCUUAACCUGACUGUGUUUCUGUUUUUUUCGUUGUUACAAACUUGCAUUUCCGCAGCGCACCCGGAAGAGACGAAAUUUUCUUGUUUCAUUGUAAAAGUAUACAUAGGCAAUCCCAUCCGUUAUUUAAGGCUAUUUCUAAAACAAUCACUUUUCUUACCACAUACCAGUGACUAUAGUCCUAUACAGGUUGUCUUUCACCAAUUUGUAGCCGAAUAGCACCAGUUCUAACGAGUGCUUCAUACACGCUGUAGGUGCAAGCACAUGAAUGUAUCUUGAACUGGGACAUGAGAGAGUCUGAUAACGAGGACGUCGAGUGUUAUAACAUUUUGGCAAGAGAAGCAGCACAGGUAGACGAAAAUAAGAAAUUUUAUGUCAUCUCCACCUCAUCCCAAGGAAAAAUCAUUAUCGUCCACAGCUCAUCGAAAUGCUUCUUCAUACAAGACAUUUAGUUUGUCGGGCAUACCUGCCUUGGGUAAACUGUCAUGUCAAUUCUAGUUCCUUACCAUAGGAUAAGCUUUCAUCAUCCAGUUCCAAGUUUUGACCACAGUCACUAGGAGACAAUCCAUUUCCCUUUUGUUGGGAACGUAGGAAAAUAAAGAUUUUCCCACUAUAUUAUUAACGGAUUUUUCUCUUUAAGCUAUCUGGAAGAUAUGAAGUUUUGAAAGAGUCCAUGUCUGAAACUGCAAGUAUUCCACCAUCAUGGUGCACUUUAGCUGAGGUAAUGAUAACAUUUUAAAAUCCUGAUCAAACAAUUAGGAUGAGAGUUGCAACUCUUGCUAGAGUUUGAUCGUCAGCUCUCGUCGUUUCUCAUGCAUCUAAGCAUCUUUAAGCUGGUUCAAAUUUUGAUGGGAGUUGAUGAGAGUUUUUGGUCAUUUGACCGUUAAUAUCGGGUCAGCUCUCAACAAUUCUCCCGCAACUCUUGUUCUCGUUUGACCGGGACACGAGAAUUGAACUCUCUCUCAAGCAAACCCACGUUUCUCGACUCUCAUCAACUCCCAUCCUCGUUCGGGCUUUCAUAUCCAUACGCACGCUAGUCAUGCUAUAUUUUGUUGUCAUUGCCUGCUUGUCAAAGCUCUCCAUUAAAAUUUUUUCAUGUGUUGUUUAGGUGAAGUCAUUGCAUUUCAAAGCCAUCGCCCACUAUUAUGCAGCAUUAAUUUUACUACAAAAUUAUGGUAAGUCGCGAAGACCGAAAAUUUUAAAAAUUUGCUCCGUAUUUUAUUUAUCAAAAUAUUACACUGCGUUCAGCCGGUCUAAAUUGGGCUAUUUUUAAAAGGAUGUUUAUUAAUAACUCUAACAAAAACAUCUUUAAUUUCACUAACAGAUCCAGAUUUCACGGAUUGCGAUCAUGACGUGUCAGGAACGGAAGAAAAAAGAUUAUCGACGCUGGUGGAGCUGAACAAAAUUGCGACAUGGCUGAUGAAUGAGGACAGCAGGACGGACAAAGCAAAAAGUCAUUUGAAGAAAGCAAUCGUCACAGAAAAAGAGGCACUACAGGUCGCAAGCAAUGAUCGAUUUAUUACAAGACUCGAGUGUAUACAAAAGGUAACUUAUUAUUACGGAGGGCGGUGGUAUAGUCGGUAACAUGUUGCAUGAAUGGACCUAUUCCCUAAUGAACAAAAUUUUGAUCUAGACAAACAUUUCACCACAGCUUGAAAGAGCAUCACAAAAUUAGUAAUAUUCCGAAGUUUCGUUGCGAAAUGUUGUAAAAUGCGGAUAGUAUAGCCCUGCAAAGUUUGCCGUUUUUCAGUCAUUUUGUAUUACGCGCGGAAAAUUGAUACCGCUUUCUGGUAAAAAUAACCACUUUCGGCUCAAAAAUGGUUACUUUUCCCGCGCGUAAUGCAAAUAUAUACAAAAUUUGCGAACUUCACGGGGCUAUAUGUUCCUCAUUUUACAACAAUUCGCAACCAAACAUUGCAAUUUUACUCAUUUAAAGAUGCUCUUUCCAGCUAUGGUAAUGGAGUUUGUUCUUCUUGUAUAGAUCAAAAUUUCGUCUAAUCAUCCAUUGAAAAAUGGUACAGAAAAUUGGUCUAGACUUCCUAAACAUAGAACGAAAAUUAAUUCAUGUAUAUGCGUUGGUAGGUCCUGAACACUUUCUCAAGUCAAAUCAAAAACAAACUAUCAUCAGUUGAUAUAUCUGGAGAUUUGGACCUAAUUGCAUCUGUCGAUGAUAUUAACUGUAAGUACAAUAUGCAUUAUAUUGAAAGUUAAUGACUUUGACAGAAAAUUAAAUAUACGAUACGGUUCAUGAAGUGAGGUACAAAAUGCAGUCGCAUUCUUCAGUCGCCUAUCGUUUCAAAGGUAAAACAUUUUUAUUCUCGUUUUAACAGGUUCAACAGAUAGGAAAGAUAAAGUUAUUGGACCAGAGUUUACGAAAUACAAUGUGAAAGAUAUCUUCGCCGGAUUGGUAAAUUAUUAAUAUAUUGUUAAGAUAAUUAUUUAACUCAAGCUUAUACAUAAUAUACAAAUAAUGAAUGUUUAUGAGUGCAAUGGUAAGAAUAUUUUCAUGAGCUGAAAGAUGGAAUGUUCCAUUCAACGAGGCGAUAGCCGAGUUGAAUGGAACAUUCCAUCUUUCACCGAAUGAAACUAUUCUUACCAUUGGCAUUGCACGAAAAAACAUUCAUUAUUUGUUUUAUAUAAUACCAAAAUAGACUAAUAGAUUCGUAUGAGAAGCAUUUUGAGGGAUGCGAUUUAUCGAAAACACAAAGAGUGCAAUUGUAGGUACGUUUUAUUCCAUUGCAUUCGCAGAGAGUGCAAUGGAAUGUGUUCCAUUGCACUCUUGGGAAAUGGAAUUUUCUAUUCAAUAUCACAUGACCAUAAACAGCCAAUUAAACGAUCAGAAUUCAAUAAGGUAUUAUAUAAAAGUAGAUUGACAACACCAUCACCAUCCAAAUAUGCACCCUCUCAACAUUUUCAUAUGGGAGGAAGCAGAAAUACCUGGAGUAAAUUUAUAACUGUUUGCAGAGACAUGACUAACCCUUGGGGCUUUGCAAUCGUCACAGCAAGCCCCUUUCACCUCAGACUCAAGACAUUCAUGUGAAAAGACUCGGUCAACGCCCUUCCGAUAGUCGUGGUUUUUCUCCGGGUACUCCGGUUUCCUCCCACAGGGAAAGUUGAUGGGGUGGGUUAGAAUUAUCUCCAAACUUACCCUUCGAACAACUAGCCUCUGGAUGGUAAUUAUGUUAGACAGAAAUAUUUAACAACGUUUUCUCUUAAAUUUCAGGGUCCACUGAACGUGUUCAAUGCAAAAAUAGCAUACCACCCACCUAAGACAGUCACAAUAACCCGAGAUGAACAAGGUGGUCUGGGAAUAUCGAUACGUGGUAGCGGACCAACCAUCAUUUGUAAAAUUAGUCCAAAACGACAGGUAUGAGGUGAUACAGUGAGCUUUUAUAGAUUUCGCUUGGUAUUCUAGACAUUAUCAAGGUUAAUGAUGCAUUUUGAUAGCCUAUUAUUACUAUCAUUAACUGAUUGUACAUUUUUCAUUGCAGCACGCUGGAAUACAAGCUGGUGACAUCAUAAUGGCAAUUGGUAGUCACAAAGUAAAAUGUUUGAACCAUAAACAAGUAUCAAGAAUUAUACAGGAAUCAGGACAGAGUGUGACGUUGACACUAUUGUCAGCAGUAUCGCCGAGUGUUAUACUUCAUGCAUUAUAGAUGUGGAAAUCAAAUCUGAUUUGCUCCGGAUUGGAUAUGGGUCAAACACCUGAUCAGAUCUGAUCCAGAGCAGAUUUCUAAUGAUGAUGAAUACAGCAACAGUCUUAGCCAUGUUACACUUUCCUGUUUACUACAGAGCUCCUAGGCUGUGGCACAGGCUCCUACAGAGCUCCCAACACUCUAGGAGGAACAGACUUGAAGUGUUUCAUGUAUGAUAGAAGAAAAAUUAUGACAAACAUAUACUGUAUUGAUGUGAUAUGCACAUAAUUUAUAAACUACCAAAUGAAUAGAGUUAUAUAUCCUACGGUUAUUUUAGUUUCCUGAAAAUUAGUUCCAGUAAGGACAUGUAUGCUAUAGCCUAGAGAAGUGACAUAGUCUACAUACACCCAACCUGGAUGAACUACUAGAAGUGUCAGCUAGUGAUAUAUUUAUUACAUAGAAAUUAAGAUUAUGUAAAAUUUGUAAAUAUAAAGAUUAUGAAAAAGUUUGUUAUUGAAUUUAUUUGAUGUGUUGUGUACUGGACUGUGGGCCACCCUGGGAAUGACGUGUGAUCGCUCACACAUGCCUUAGCUUAUCAAGAAGUGCAAUUUAUCCCAUGUGCCUUAAUUAAGGUGCAAUGCAAAAUAUAUUCAUAAAAACCAUACCCCAUACAUUAUAUAAUUUUAUUUCAAUCAAUCAAAAUUAUGAAGCAUAAGGGACUUUCUAAAACUGUAGAAAAUGUUUUAUAUCCAUGACACAAUAACAUAUGCAUUAAUUGCCAAUGGACCUAUUACCUAACCAGCAAAGUUUGCUGUUUUUCAGUUGUUUUGUAUUACGCAUGGGAAAUUGAUACCGCUUUCUGAAAAAAGGUAUCAAUUUCCUGCGUGUAUAAUACAAAAUGACUGAAAAACGGCAAACUUUGCAGGGCUAUAUUAACCUAAUUGGAAUUUUACAACAUUUUGCAACGAAACGUUGGAAUAUCACUAAAUUUGGGAUGCUCUUUCAAGCUGUGAUGAAAUUUUUGUCUAGAUCAAAAUUUUGUUCAUUAGGUAAUAGGCCCAUUGUGUUAGAACAUAUGCCCCUUCAUCUCUCAUGCUCCAAAUUUCAUUGGUCAUUUUCAUAUUGUGUUACUUUCUAGUGCAAAAACAUAUCUGACAAUGCAUGGCUUUUACGCGAUUCUGUGGAUUUGGAAUUCCAGUGUGUUCGGAAUAAGCACAAGGAGUGCAAAUCAUUGCACCCAGCACCCUAUCCUUCCCUUCCUGUAUUGGCCUAAUAAUAAAUAGCGAGCUUUUGAGGAGAAACCCUUGCUUACAGUACAGGUUCUUCACAAUGUUCCAAAUGUAGAUCCAAUACCUAGUUCAAUUCCAUACCAAAAGCAGUUUUGUCAACAUUUUCAAGAUUUUUAAAUUCAUUUCAUAUUAUGCCUAAAAUAUUAUUACAUAAUGAAAUAUGUUGAAAGACAUCCAUCAUUGAUGUUUAACCCGACUUAAAGCAAUAUAAUGCUUAGUUUUAUCCUCCAGGUUGACAAAGCCAAUUGGACCUAUCUCACAGUCUGCACAUAUCAGAUACUUCGUCGUGUUAACAGUUUUUGAAAAGCCAACAUUUUCAAAAGUAUACAUGUCUAUCACUAACCAGAAUUGAGAAAGUGUCUCACGCUCUGAUUCUUUAGGUUCACCAUGUUUCGCUGAUGUAAAUGGUAGGACAUACUAAAUGAAUAGAUAGUUUGGUUU